CGUGCCGCGCGUAAAGGACGGACGGCGAAGCGCCGUCGUGCGUGAAACAGCGGAUUACACGCAGAAAUUGGAAAAUAGCUGUACAAGAUCGCGCCUGAGACUCCGAUACGAGGUAGAAACUCGCCAUUAAAUCGAGAUUCACAGUGGAUAACUGCGUUGCCGUGUGAAAAACGAAGUAAUGAUAGCGAGGAAUUCCACGAGUCUGGCUGCUGGCUCUCGAUCGUGCGCCAUGGCCACCGUCGCAAGAAACUGAAAACACACUGUCUGUGUGCCCGGAGUGUCCCGUUUUAUGGAGAAGCGAUUUCAUUUCGUCCGGUCAUUGCCUCGAAUAUGUAUUAACGACCGACUGCGGAUCGUAAGCUCAUUGUCCGGCACGCUCGAUGCGCGCGAUAAUGAAAGCUUUCAUGUUAUGUCUUAAUAGCAUCUCAUCAAUCCGUUAACUGCACGUUUGGAAAAAGGAAAUAUUCAAUGCGCAUACUUGCUUCCUAGCUCUUUGCUGUCGUUCGGCUUUCGAUAGAGAAGUUCUUGAGAAAGAAAUUUCGAAAUCCUUCACCGGAAGCCAAUUGGAAUCUCAGCGAGAGACGAAGUUUGGAGCUUCCUCGGGGAGCCUCGACAACGGAUUUAAAUAGCUGAGAGCUUCUGCUGUCGUCUGAAUUAUCCAAACCCCAGCCCAGGUGCUCGGGCACACCUGCAUCUUGUAUGAAAGGUGCCUUAAAAAGAUGGUGUGAGAGCCCCCUAAGAAACGAGCGCUCGAGGUGAAAGCGCCAAUUGCGCGCUCUCAUUGUCAGUCACGGCCGAGCCGUGAGCUGUAUCGUGUGGUACCUCUCGCGAUCUCGUGUUCUCGCUAGCCAGAUUGCGAGAAGAAGAAGAGGAAGAUAGCAGUAGGAAGUAAAAGGGAAGAAAAAGAAAGCACAUUCUUUGCUUGUUCUCCAAGAGUACGUCACGUCGCGGUACGCGCGGUCUCUUCGCGGACGCUUCGCGUUUGCCUGGUGUUGCUGCGUGCCGACGAAAUGUAGAGAUGAGAGAGACACUGAAGAAGUUUUCUCGACGACCCAAUACUCAAGUGGCCGUUAGUCUGGGAGGCGGAUCGGUGCUUCUCAUCGGCGAGCCCGAUCGGAUCGCCGAGGAAUGGCGAUCGAUGAACCGCGACGAAGAGGAUCCGCCGUGCAGGACCCAGGGCCUAGUGCAGCUGCGCGUCGUAAAUCUCGACGAGGACGUGGACACUCAAGAAACAUCCUGUUAUGUGCAUGAAGGUCUGCCGUGGACGCACGUCGCCUGCUGCUUUAAAUCGCAAAGACUCGACCAGCUUGUUGAGAAAUAUAUAAAUUGGAAGGAAAAUGAUGCCUAAUACUGAGACACUUGAUGCGAUAUCAUGCUACUCGUCGCGUAUAUUUAUAUAUAAUUUUUAUAAUUUCACGAAAGCUCACAGCGACCGAACGCGAGUAAAGUUCAAUUACAGAAUCGUAGAAUUCUUUCAUUCUGUUAAAGUAAAUCUCCUUAAUCUCCUUCCUCAAAUCACAAAGAAUUCUACGCUUAGAAUACGAUAAUUACUCGAUAACUUUUUUAGCAUGGUAAUACCAUAUGCUUGGUACUUUAAUCCUUGAUCUAAUUGAUCUUUCUGUCGAAUAGACAGC